CCCUGCCUCCCGCCACUUCCGGGGGCGCCACAAAAGUCUCGGGGCGCCGCCGGGGCCGUCGCUGUGGUUGGUCUGGCCAGGAGACCGUAGUCCCCGCGACGGGCCUUGCCGGUACCUCUGCCGGAGCAGGUGAGAUCGUGGUGUUGGGAAGUACAUUUGUGUUAUUUCUCUCAGAUUGGCAAUGGUUCGUAGUGGAAAAAGUGGUGGGCUCCACCUGAAGCAGAUUGCAUACUACAAGCAAUCAGGGGAAUAUCAUCCCACAACAUUAUCAAGUGAAAGAAGUGGAAUCAGGAGAGCUGCCAAAAAAUUUGUUUUCAAGGAAAACAAGUUGUUCUAUGUUGGAAAAGACAGAAAACAAAUGCGCCUGGUAAUUGUUUCAGAUGAAGAGAAGAAAAAGGUCCUCGAGAAAUGCCACAAAAAUGCUGCUGGCACUCAUCAUGGUAUAUCAAGGACACUGACUUUAGUGGAGUCUAAUUACUACUGGACCUCUGUAACAAAUGAUGUCAAGCAGUGGGUGUAUGCUUGCCAGCAUUGCCAGGCAGCAAAGAACACAGCCACCAGAGUGCCCAAAGUACACCCUAUCAAAGCAGAGGACCCAUGGACAGCAGUCACUAUAGACCUAAUGGGACCUUUCAAUGUUACCAACAGAAGUCACAAAUACAUCAUAAUUAUGACAGAUUUGUUUACAAGAUGGACUGUUAUCUUACCACUGCAUGACACUUCAGCAGCUGAAAUUGCUAAGGCAAUCAUAAAUGUGUUUUUCUUAUAUGGGCCACCUCAAAAGAUGCCUAUAGAUCAAGGGAAGGAGCUUGUUUAUCAGAUAAAUGAAGAACUUUUUGCACUGUUUGGAAUGAAACAAAUUGUAUUGUCUUAUCCUCAAACAGAUGAUGUAAAUGAAAGAAUGUCCAAGACAAUCAAACAUUUCCUUAGCAAGUAUUGCACAGAUCAUCCAACUGACUGGGACGAGCAUUUGUCUGCAAUAGCAUAUGCUUUCAAUUUGACAAAUUUGGAGCCAGAUCAAAACACCCCAUAUUUCCAAAUGUUCAACCGUAACCCACGUGUUGUUGAGCCCAUGAAUAUAUGUGUGGAAGGAGAAUACAGCGGUUUUGCCAAAAUAUUUGAAGCAACUAAAAAACUCAGUCAAGCACUGGAACAAGAGAAAACCUCAGAUUGUAAGACAGAUAAAAAAACUCCAGAUGAACAAAAAAUCAGAACCAAAAUCACAGUCAAAAGGAAGCCAAAACAAUUAAAUACCCUUCAACUUAAAGUUGGUCAUGAAGUCCUCAGGCAGAGAAAAAACUGGUGGAAAGAUGGUCGUUUCCAGUCGGAAUGGAUUGGUCCUUGUGUCAUAGAUUACAUCACAGAAAAUGGCUAUGCAAUAUUAAGAGAUUCCACAGGAUCCAGGCUGAAAAGACCCAUCAAGAUGUCUCACCUCAAGCCAUAUAUAAGAGGGUCCAGUGAAAAAGACAAUCAUUACAUUCUACAAAGUGCAGUAGUUUUUGACCAUGACUAUAUUGGCUUAUCUGAAAGAUCUAAUAAUUCAAGCCAACCAGACUCUGUUGCUGAAGAAGAAAUAAAUGCCUACAAAAGAGAUGUCAUGUCUGCUGUAUGGAUUCCACCUGCAGCCUGCAAAGACCAAGAAUCAGCAGAUGGUAAACGUGAGUCUGAGCUGAGAGGAGAUCACUGCAUUGAACCAAACACUACAAAGCCAGAGCAAUGGCCUUCACCUUGUUGGACCCUUCAGACAAAGAGAGAGGAUACUUAAGCAUGGUCUUCUAUCACAUUUCAUUGCCAAGCAGUUUGAAACUACUGUAGCAAACUGAAAAAAAAAAAAGUAAUAGCUCCAAUAGCUCCAACUUCCUUAGCCCAAUCCACUUUAUUCCUUUAUGAAUCUAAGAGUGCUUCAGGUAUCUAAUUUGUCUGGGUGUUAAUAAAAAGCACUGGUAAAAGUACGUAUUCCAAUCAUGAAUUUAAAUUUCAGAUUUUGUUGGUCGAAUGGCAAUGUGGCUGCGCCUUACUGUUAUCCUCUCAGGACACAAUGCAUCAUUUCAUUGUAAUGACCUUUUCCGUUUAACCCUUGGAGACUCAUUCCUAAUGCUCACUGUGAGAUGAAUUAAACCUAAGCAAGGUGGUGUAAAUUUUCCCUCCACUGCAGAGAAGCUCAUAUGCAUAUAUACACACAGACACAGAUAUAUAACUGUUAUAUAACAGUUUUCUAUUCUUUCUGGGAAGCUGCAGCCUCUGACUUUUACAGAUUUUAAUUUCUAGUCUAAUCUAUUUAAGAUCUCACAAAAUAAUAAAAUUGUCAAAAUGAAAUACAUGUAGUGUUCUAUGCAUGAAACAAUGAGGGCUUCAGCUGUUCCCUGCUCAUCAAAAGUCUACUACUCUAGGCAGUUCUAACAGUUCAGGCACAUAAAAAAAUCUUAAGAGCAUUUAAUAUUCAUUUGUGCUUUUUCCACAAACAUCUGGUUCUCCAUUUCUGUUACCUCUUCGCUGAACCUGUGCACGCUGUGAGAUUUUCCAUGGACAGUGGGCUAUGAAAGGUGAAGCACUGGUAUUAACUUAUUCUCUGAUUUCGUUGAGUAAGCUGUUACUGGUCUGGACGUCCUGUUGAGAAGACUCUUUCUCAAAGUCAGCAGCAAGGCAAUUUUUUCACGUGGAAAAUAGGUGUUUUUGUGGGUUUUUUUUGUUUGUUUUGGUUUGGUUUUUUGUAGGGGUUUGACAUGAAGAUGAAGAAAACUACUGGCAGAAAACUGAAUUGAGCAAUUCAGCAUCUUCUGGAUGAUCCUGUGGAAGAUUAGCUUAUCUCGCUCUCCGUAUUUGUGUGUUCCCUCUCCUUUCUGCUCCUGAAUAUCAUGUGACUUUUAAAACAAGUGGAGGAAAAUACUAUUCAUUAGGAGUUUUCAUUUAGUUUUAUGCAAUUAGUUGUGGUCUUCAAGGGUGAUUAGGUACCUACCUCUGACAGAAAUUCACACGUACAAUACAGCACGUCUUUCAUAUCAUAAUGCAUCUGUGUGAGAAAAGAGCUCAGCACCAUGACAGAAUCCUAUCUUAAACUUUAAAUGAAAAAUAAUUAUUACUCAGACUAUUUUCUGUCUUCUGAAAACACAGGCCUACAGCUACAGUUUUUCUCCACCAAGACUUCAGAAAGAGUCUUUCUGAAUUCACUGUGUGUGCACACAUGGAAUAAAUAUUUAUUGUAUGUAUAUAUUUCCUUUUGAAGGAAAUAUUAGAGUCAGGGAUAAAACUGGAGGGUAAGGCAUUGUUUUUGAGACCCAUUUCUGCUUUGGUAGCUGCAUAAGAAAACCAGCCUCUCUUACUUUUUUCCUACUCCAAGUGAUUAGUUCCUGAAUUGUGCACAAUACAGCAGAGCUGUUUUCUCGGGCAAGUGCUGGGGCGUUGUUAGAGCUACACUGAAGAGAAAGAAAAUGCUGCAGUGAGAGAGAAAUGGGGGAAACAGAAACAUUUAACAUACUGUGUGCAUUUAACAUUUAACUGUGUGCAUUGCUGAUCAUUCAGGCUUCCUGGUAAUUUUGAUCUACUGUAUUAACAAGCAGGCAUUAGUGACUUAUCUGUGCACUGAAUUGUGGCCUUCUCUGCAUGGGGGAU